GUGUCCUCUGCGCCAGGGUGCGGGCAUCUGGAGGAGUGGAGGAGCAGAAAGCCCUCUGCUCCCCAAGAGUUCUCCCGCUCUGAGCCCGGAACUGCGGGAGGAAGAAGAGAUGAGUGGGGGCGGGGUGAGUCUGCCGGAGCGGGCCGUGCCGGGCUGGGCUGACCCCUCCCCAGCCGGGGGCGGGACCCCAAGAGGAGUGAGGGAGCAGAGCCGCUGGGGAACAUCUGACACAGGAGAGGCGAUAUGGCGGGAACGAGUGUCGGGGCCCGCUUCUACCGGCAGAUCAAGAGACAUCCCGCGCUCAUCCCGAUGAUCGGCUUCAUUGGUCUGGGAAUGGGCAGCGCUGCGCUGUACUUGCUGAGACUCGCCCUGCGCAGCCCCGACGUCUGCUGGGACAGAAAGAACAACCCGGAGCCCUGGAACCGCCUGAGCCCCAAUGACCAAUACAAGUUUCUUGCAGUUUCCACCGACUAUAAGAAGCUGAAGAAGGACCGGCCGGACUUUUGAGCUCGCUAGGAUGCGAGGUAGAAGUAAACCACCGUCAGCCAGUCAGCCAGCCGACUCAUUUCUUCCACUCUCUGCCCCCUGCCCCCAGGGCGCCACUCUAGCCACCCCGUCCAGCUGCUGCUUACACAGGCUUCGUUCCCACAGGAGGGGAGGCAGCUCCCCACCCCCUUCCCUUGCUCCCAGCAGCGGAAGCGCCUCUGACCCUCAGCUGGAAUCCCACGAGGGGGAGGAGUUACACUGCGGGUUGACCCAAACGGCUCAAGCCAGCCCCUCUGCCCCCCUACCCAGCCCUUGCAGGGUGUGGCUCAGGCUACGUGUUGAGCGUGGCCAACGUGAGCCAAGAGCAAGCGGAGGCCUCUCGUGCCAAGUGACGUGGCGGGCCCCACGUUAGCCCAGGCGCCCGGCGCCAGCGCAGGGGCGGCGCUGCUCUGGCUCGACCGGGCUCGUUGCCUGCCGCCCAGCGAGGCCUGCACGAGGCACCUCCUCGCUCCUCCUUGUGCCCAAGCCCGCUGCCUCCCGCGCCAACAGGCAUCCCCUCCUGCCGCCUCGCACCUGGGCCUCCCCCUGCCAUUCUGCCCCUCCCUUGCUCCCCUCGGUCCCCUGGGAUCAAACAGAAGCAGCCGUGGGCAAAAUACAAUUUCAUUUAACAAAUUGAA